CGCAAACCCAAAUGUCACAAGCGGAAACGUAGAUACGGCCGCGAAAAUCCUACAAGGUUUCUAGUAUUAUUUUAUUUGAUCGUAAUAGAGCCGUGGCCAUGAGAGCGACUCACGCUAUUGCCCGACUAUGACCGGCGGCGGCGUCGUGACUAUCGGUAAGCGUAUGACGUAGUAUCAAUGAGUUAAAGUUAGUAGAUAAUUAGCAAUCACCGCGCGAUGUCGGGCCGCGGGCAGGACGAGGCCGAGAGCGAGUCGAAGCUCAUGAAGCGGACGCUGAGCGCGGCCUUCUAUGCGUUCGCCUCCUUCAUGAUCACCGUCGUCAACAAAACGGUGCUAACCACGUACGCUUUCCCGUCGUACCUGGUGCUCGGUCUCGGGCAGAUGAUAGCGACUUUAGUGGUGCUGUGGGUCGGGCGGCGGAUCCGGCUGGUGCAGUUCCCGUCGCUGGACUUGAACGUCGCGCGCCGGAUCUGGCCGCUGCCCAUCAUCUACCUCGGCAACAUGGUGACGGGUCUCGGAGGGACGAAGGAGCUGAGUUUGCCGAUGCUUACCGCGCUGCGUCGCUUCAGCAUUCUCAUGACCAUGAUUUUGGAGAGAAUCAUACUCGGUGUAAGAGCUACAUGGCAAGUGCAAGGGAGUGUCAUGGCCAUGGUGGGAGGAGCGUUGCUGGCCGCAGCCGAUGACGUCACGUUCUCCUGGCAGGGCUACACGCUAGUCCUCCUAAAUGAUGGCUUCACUGCGGCUAAUGGUGUUAUCAGUAAGAAGAAGCUUGACUCGAAGGAGCUAGGGAAGUACGGGCUCAUGUUCUACAAUGCGCUCUUCAUGAUCGUGCCUGCAGCUUACGUUGCCUGGCAUGUUGGGGACAUAGAAGCAUCAAUCAAUUAUGAGCAUUGGGGCGAUACGCUGUUCCUAAUUCAGUUCCUAACAUCGUGUGUCAUGGGGUUUGUACUCUCAUACAGUGUGAUGCUCUGUACACAAUACAACAGUGCCUUAACAACAACUAUCAUUGGUUGCCUUAAGAACAUUUUAGUUACUUAUCUCGGUAUGGUAAUUGGUGGGGACUAUGUGUUCUCGUGGCUUAAUUUUGUAGGUUUAAAUAUAAGUGUGUUGGCGAGUCUUAUAUACACAUAUGUUACGUUCAAACGUAAACCUCAGGCUGUGUACAGCAAGAUUGCGGAAGCGAAUGCUCGUGUGGAUACCGUAUAGCAGUAUCUGAAACAUAGAACCCAGUGCUCUACGUUCCUAGUAUAGUAUUGAGUUACCAAAGAACAGUGGAUUUUGUGAAAUCUCAUAUUUUAAAUGUUGAUCAAAAGUGAACAAGUAAAUUGUUAGUGCUAUUUAGUUGAAUGCUAGUGUAUAG